CCCCGGGCACCGACCGCCGGGCUGAGAUGCUCCCCGGCGCGGGUCCCCUCGCUUUCCUCCUCCGGUGUCUGCUGCUGCUCUUCGCCUCCGAGAGCCGAGCACGGGCUCGGCCGGAUAUGUUCUGCGACUUCAAUGGCAAGAAGUACAGCCCAGGUGAGAGCUGGCACCCCUACCUGGAGCCGCAGGGGUUGAUGUACUGCAUCCGCUGCAGCUGCUCUGAGAAUGGCAACACGAGGUGCUAUCGGAUCCAGUGCCCCGCUCUGCAAUGUGCCAGCCCCGUCACGGACCCCCAGCAGUGCUGCCCACGGUGUCUCGAGCCAAAUUCCCCUUCUGGUCUCCGAGCACCUGUCAGAUCCUGCCAGUACAAUGGGACAACGUACCAGCAAGGAGAGAUGUUCACCACCAGUGAGCUCUUCCCCAGCCGCCAGCCCAACCAGUGUGUGCAGUGCAGCUGCUCUGAAGGCCAGAUUUACUGUGGCUUGGUGACCUGCCCAGAGCUGCUGUGCUCCAAUCCCCUAACCGUGCCAGAUUCCUGCUGCCAGGUCUGCAAAGAUGGCUCGUAUGAGAAGUCUUCGGAAGAGGAACCCCUGCAGUUAAACAGAGGUGUUAGGCACUCACAAGACCAGUGCUUGGGGGAAGCAAUGAACAGAAAGCCACCUGGAGCCACCGCAUCCACUGUGCUCAGUUCCUCGCUGGAGUUCAUCCCCAGGAGCUUCAAACCCAAGGGGGGAGGUGGCACCACCGUGAAGAUCCUUUUGAAAGAGAAGCACAAGAAAGCCUGUGUUUACAAUGGGAAGACCUACUCCCACGGAGAAGUGUGGCACCCCGUCUUCCGGCUCUAUGGGCUCCUGCCCUGCAUCCUGUGCACCUGCAGGGAUGGUGUCCAGGACUGCCAGAAGAUCACAUGCCCCAAGGAAUAUCCGUGUGACUCUCCGGAAAAAGUAGAUGGGAAGUGCUGUAAAAUAUGUCCAGAAACCAGAGUCAAACCCACUGAUGAAAUCAUCACUGAGAGAUGUGGCAAGACCCCCAACCACGUCCUGGUGUACAUGUUUGUGCCACCGAGCUCCGAGAACUCCAAGGAGAUCCUGAGGACAGUCGCUAUCGAGAAGGAGCUCACGGAAGAGGUGGAAAUCUAUAACUGGAAGCUGAUUAAAGGGAUAUUUCACUUGAUCCAAACCAAGAAGAUCAGCAAGCAGGAAUUCAAGCAAGAAGCACAGAACUUCAGGCUGAUCACCAGGACGAAUGAAGGUCACUGGAACAUCUUCCAAGCCCAGACAUCAGAGCUGAGGAUGACAGAGAGCCCAGAGAAAGAAACAAAGAACUUGUAAAGAAAAAAAAAAAGAAAAAAAGAAAAAAAGAAAUAACUUUAACCUAGCUAUUGAUUUAUCUACACCCACACACACAUACACACCUACACAUAUAUACGAAGAAAAGUUGCAUUAUUCAAUAGACUGGCACAGCAAUAAGAGAUACACUAGUGUAAAUGGCAGCAGCUCCAGCAGAUGAACCAAACCCAACCACCACCACCGUGUCCACACCAAAGCCACCAGGGCGACAUGAUGUCCCUCGGAGUGGGACUGGAGGAGGCCGUCGUGUCUCCUGCUGCUGAAGGAGCCAGGUGGGCAGAGGGGGAGUGCAAUGUGAAGACAGGAGGCAUUUCUGGGAGCCAGCGACCAAGCAGGAUGAGAACAUGCUUUGGAGCAUCGUGAUGACCUGCAAGGAGAGAAGACGUAUCUCUGUCUCCUUUCUUGGAGGCCCUGUGAUCUGCAAAAGUGGUUGUUGUUGUUGUUUUCCCAAAUACCCUCCAAAGGGUAUUGAAAAAUCUUGAGUCUUUCCUCCUGAUUCACAAUGGUCUGAGUUGGAAGGGAUCCCUAGAGGCCAUCUGGUCCAAAUCCCCAGCAAUGAACAGGGGCACCCACAGCUCCCUUGGAUGCUCUGUUUUGGCCAUUUCCCUUCUUUGCACGUCGUUUUUGGAGGACCCACCUGCUGACAGCAUGAAGGGGAGCCAGGGGCAUGGGGUGGUGGCACAAAUUUAGGUCCAACAGAACCAAAACUGCUUCUCAUGCUGUGGGGGUGGAGGAGGUGCCACUCGAUUGCUGGUACCACCUCUUUCUGUCCCCCUGUCCCCCCUGCAAGAAUGUAACCUCCAGCACUCGCCGCUCGCUGGCUCUGAGACUCCAAACACUGCACUAACGAAGCGUGUCAUUAUGCUCUAUAUUUAUCUAUAUCCUACAUACUAUCUUCUGGGCUGUAUUCACA